AUACGAAGUGGGCGUGGACGUCAAGUCAAGCAGCUGGCAGACUUUGCUGUACGUUGUGUGUGUGUUUGGAGUUUGACCAUAUAGCGCCAGCGGUAAGGUACGCAUUAUAAAAGCGAAAGAGAAGAAUGACUUGGGGCAGCGUUUAGAAGACACCGGGAUAUUUCUCGUGGCCUUUUUUCAUAAAGGAUUUAAGUAAACUGGUGUAAUCGUGGUCAAAGCCAUGGAACCGUCACUGACCAGCAACCCAGCCAUGCCAAGACCCAGCCGAUCAUCUCCCUCCAUCCUGAGGCCGGAGCCUUCCUCUUCUGACCCAUCUUCUUCCACAACUGCACUGACCUCAGACCACCCUAAGCCUAAACUCACUAUGCCAACACCGCCAGCCACACCCUCAUAUUCUCCCUCCACUGCUUCCCCCCAGACUUCUCCAGGUCUUUCCUCUUGUUCUUCCUCCGUCUCCACAAUGCCUGCCUCCCCUGUUCGCCAGCCCAUCAGGAGCCCAUCUCAGGUGGGCAGAUCUCAGCUUAAUGCAGCCUCUGUGGAGAAUCCUUCAACUGGAUCCACAGCUACUGGAGCUGCUGCCAAGGCUCCACAGCCUCCUCCCACACCGGAACCAGAAGAGCCAGAGGAGGAGGUCAGUUUUGAGGAUCUGGAGGAGAGAGCCAGGUCAGGAGAUGCUAAAGCACAGACCAAGAUGGGGCGAUACUUCUUGGCACUGGCAGAAGAAAGAGAUGAGGAGCUGAACAACUGUACAGGGGUCACUUGGCUUGUCCAGGCUGCUAAACAGGGUCGCAAGGAUGCUGUCAAACUGUUGCAACAGUGCUUAGCGUCCAGGAAAGGCAUCACUCUGGAGAACUUCGAGGACGUGAAGAAGUUGUGUACAGAGACACGUUUUGAGAGAGGAGUCAGGAAAGCGGCUCUGCUAAUGUAUUGGAAACUGAACCCGGAGAGGAAGAAGACAGUGGCUGUUUCUGAGAUGCUAGAGAACGUUGAACAUGUGCAUACAGAGCCAGGCAAACCAAUGUCUCCAGGGCCACUAAACAGCUCUGCCAAGAAACAGAGGAGAGUCCUGGAGACUAUGGUCACCAGGGAAGCCAGCUCACACGUCGGUCUCGAUGACUUUGUUGAGAUGACUAAGAAGUAUGCUCAGGGUAUUGCUCCUUCACCGGUCAUGGCUGCAGCAGGAGGCGAUGAUGACGACGACGACGACGAUGAUGUAGUCGUGAAGAAUCCAGACGAACUUCCUUUGCACCAAAAGAUUCUGAAGUUUCCUCUGUACGCUUUACUGGAGAUCAAGGAGCACCUCAUUGACUGGGCAUCACGGGCUGGCAUGCAGUGGCUCAGCACCCUGAUCCCCACGCACCAUGUCAACGCGCUUAUUUUCUUCUUUAUCAUUUCCAACCUCACAGUCGAGUUCUUCAUCUUCCUCAUCCCUCUGCUGGUUUUUUACCUCUCGUUCUUCUCCAUGGUCAUCUGCACACUGCGGGUAUUUCAGAAUUCAAAAGCGUGGGAAAAUUUCCGGGCUCUGACAGACCUGCUGACUCACUUUGAACCAGGUCUAGAUCUGGAGCAGGCUGAGACCAACUUUGGAUGGACACACUUGGAGCCUUAUCUGUACUUCUUGUUCUCGGUGAUCUUUGUGGUUUUCUCCUUCCCUGUUGCUGAUAAAUCCUGGAUCCCCAGCUCCGAGUUGGCUACUGUUGCUCUCUUCUUCACCGUCACCGCCUUCCUCAGCCUUCAUGCGUCUGCUCAGCUCUUCGCUCGUAAAGCCCUCCUCACAGAGGUCCUCUCCGGAGCAUGUUCCCUCACUCUCCUGCUUCCAGACUCCUUCUGGUUCCUCAGGAUCUUUGGGAUGACAUUCAUCACUGUGCCUCUAGGGGACAUGGUGGUGUUGAACCUGGGGGUGCCCUGUCUUCUUUAUGGACACCUUUUCUAUCUCCUCUUCCGUAUGGCCCAGCUGAGAGGCUUCAAGGGCACCUACCUGUGCCUGGUGCCCUACCUGGUUUGUUUCACCUGGUGUGAGCUCACCUUGGUGCUCCUUAAUAAUGCCACUGCAAUAGGACUCAUCCGAACGUGCGUUGGCUACUUCCUCUUCCUGUUUGCCCUUCCUGUACUCUCCUUGGGCCUGGCUGCAAUGCUUAUCAUCCAGUUGCUGCAGUGGUUUCUUGCCCUGGAGCUAACCAAGAUGGUAGUCACACUGACAGUUUGCUUCGUGCCUGUAGUGCUGAGGCUUUGGACCCGCUUCAGCCUCAACCCCAUCGUGGUUUUUCGCUCUUUGUCACGGAGCAGCAUUGUCAAGCUCAUCUUGGUGUGGCUCAGUGCUGUGGUGCUCUUCUGCUGGAUGUACGUCUACAGGUCUGAAGGAAUGAAGGUUUAUAACUCCACACUGACGUGGCCUGAAUACAGCAACCUCUGUGGCCCUCAGGCCUGGAAAGAGUCCAACAUGGCCCAAACUCAGAUUCUCUGCUCUCAUCUCGAAGGACAUCGCGUCACCUGGACUGGACGCUUCAAAUAUGUCCGCGUGACUGACAUUGAGAACGGGCCGCAUUCGGUUAUCAACCUGCUGCCCGUAUUUUUAGGAAACUGGAUGCGGUGCCUGUAUGGCGAUCCAUAUCCUUUGUGCGAGGAGGUGAAAAACGCCACAGCUGUGCCUCAGCCUCGUCCUGUCCCAGCUCCUCCACCAGAGGAUCCUCUCUGUAAGCUGAAAAAACUGGCCAAGCACGAAUGUCACAUCAAACGCUUUGAUCGAUACAAAUUUGAAGUCACUAUGGGCAUGCCGCUGGAGAGGAAGACCAAAAACGGGACAAUCAUAGAGGACGAAGACGCGACUAAGGACAUAGUUUUGAAGGCUAGUAACGAGUUCAAGUCUGUGCUUUUACACUUAAAAACAGGAAGCAUGGUGGAGUUUAGUACCAUACUGGAGGGUCGUUUAGGCUCCAAAUGGCCCGUGUUUGAACUGAAAGCCAUUCACUGCAUGUCGUGUGACAAUGCCCGCAUGCCCAGCCGCAGGCAGUACAAGAUAGAACACGACUGGAGGCGUACGGCUCAGCAUGCCUUGCAGUUUGGUUUUGACUUCUUCUUCAACCCCUUCCUGACUGCUCAGCUGGAGCAGCACUCGGAGGCAGAGGCUGAAACGGAAACUGUGACUCAGGAGGGGGGAUAGAAGAACAGAGAGCCGGCAAACACACCUCUGGGAGGAAUAAAUUGUAUGAUGAUGAUAAUACUAUCUUCAGUCGAAGAACAUUAAUGGGUGUGCAACACUGUUCUGUGCAGAAUCUAAUUGUAAUGCUGUCCACCUGUAGGGGGUGGACAGAUAGACAUUUGUGGUAUCAGUCUUGUUGUACAACUUGAGUGAGAGUGCAUUUGUAUUCUUGUAGCUUUUGAGCCAAAUGAGAAUGGGUAAUGUAAUUAAAAGAAAAAUUUACAAACGGGAGAAACACACGCACAUGUGCUUAUAUUAAAGAUAGGUUUAAUUUAUUGUCAAACACUAAGGUAAGAUCAAGAAGAACGCUCUAAACCUCCAAAUGUGGUCGUCCGCAUUUCAUCCAGUUUAAGCUACACACGUGCUCAUCAUAGUUAAUCUGCUAAUGAAGUCAUUUUGAUUUUCUUUGUUCCUUAUAGAAACACUGCGUGUGCCACACUGAUUUCUAUGUAUAGUUAUUUAAUAUUUGUGGCCAAAAUCAUCACUAUUUACAUUUUUACAGUUUCCUUGUGGAACUGUUGAAAAUUGCUGUGCCUGUGAUCAAUUUGUAGAAGUAAAAGUUUCUUUUUUAUUUUAUACACAAAAGGUUGUCAUGCCGAUGAUAACUUUGUAAGGGUUCCCUUUGCAGUCAAGCUUUAAUCAUAUACAGAUUAUACAGUCUAUGUAUGGUGUAAUUUUGAAAUGGAUGGUAUUGGAAAAUUAUUUUCAAGUGCCUAAUAAGACAUUGCCUCAAAAAAUAAUAUGGACAAAAUUGUGUUUUUAUCCUUAACCUUUAAAAAGCUCAGCUGCAUCUUGUAUUUAUUACAGAGCAGUUAUCCAACUUUAUCUCUGGUUCCUCUGUUCUCACGUGUCUUGCAUUUUCUCCUCUUGCUUUUAUCUUUCUCCUCUUUUGUUUAUGUCCACCUCUGCCGUGCAGAGGUUUAAUAUAUUGAGAUAUAUUUGCAGUCCCUGAGUGAUGAUGUGUUUGACAUUAGGAUGUUCAUAAACAUCAUGAAAACA